UCCCAUUCAUGCAAUAGCUACAGCCUCCUUAUCUCCUCCUUGCUCUUGGCACUCUUCUUUUCAUGCAAUGCAACUCAAUGUUCUGAUGAUCAGGAGAUUCCAAAGGUGUACAUUGUGUACAUGGGCGCUGCUGACCAGCAUCACAGCCAUUUGCUGUCUAGCCGCCAUGCACAAAUGCUCGCAUCUGUGUCCAACAGAAGUGUGGAAUCAGCCAUGGAAACUAUUGUCCACAGCUACACCCAAGCGAUCAAUGGCUUUGCCGCAGAGAUGCUCCCAAGCCAAGCGUUUAUGCUACAACAGAUGCCAGGUGUGGUUUCUGUGUUUGAGGACUACACAAUGUCCCUCCAAACAACCCGUUCGAUGAACUUCAUAGGGCUGGAGGACGCAUCCGGAAACACCGCAGCAAACUCGCUGUGGAAGAAGACGAAGGGUGAAAACAUGAUAAUUGGAGUACUGGACUCGGGGGUCUGGCCAGAGUCGGCGAGCUUCAGCGAUGCCGGGCUGCCGGCUUCCCUUCCUGCGAAGUGGCGAGGCAGCUGUGCCUCGAGCGCCUCCUUCCAAUGCAACAGGAAAGUGAUUGGCGCGCGUUAUUACGGAAAAUCUGGAAUCGCCGACCCGACUCCUCGCGAUACAACUGGGCAUGGAUCUCACGUCUCCUCCAUAGCCGCAGGAGCUCCUGUGGCCGGCGUCAACGAACUAGGGCUUGCGCGAGGCAUCGCAAAGGGCGUCGCGCCCCAGGCUCGAAUCGCCGUGUACAAGAUCUGCUGGACAGAAAGAACAUGCUCGGCCGCCAAUGUUCUCAAGGGAUGGGACGAUGCGAUUGGCGAUGGUGUGGACGUGAUCAACUUCUCGGUGGGAAACAGAAAAGGUUCCUACUGGUCUGACGUUGCCUCCAUCGGUGGCUUCCAUGCCACGCAAAGGGGGAUUGUGGUGGUCGCGGCUGCUAUGAAUGGUGACGCCGGGUGUGUUGUCCAGAACACUGCGCCGUGGGUGAUGACCGUCGCUGCGAGCACGACCGAUCGACGCCUCCCGUGCAACGUCGUCCUGGGAGAUGGUUCAGUAUACCAGGGAUCCAGCCUUGCCAAUUUCGAUCUCGGCAAUACUUUCUAUCCUCUGGUGUAUGGAGGGGACAUCCCUGCUAAGCCUACAACUUCACCCGCAAGUGCUGCCGGCUGCUCCCCUGGAGCUCUGGAUCCUGCCAAAGCACGGGGAAAGAUAAUCUUUUGCGGCGCUCCAGAGCCAUCCAGCGAUCCUAUCAAAUAUGUCACUGAUGGAAUGAAAGCUAUUGGUGCCAUUGGCUUCAUUGUGGGAAACAACGCAGUUGGCAAGGAGAGAUUGCUGUCACUCAGAUUCACGAUGCCUGCUACUCAAGUUGGAAACAAAGCUGCAAAUUCGAUUUCUUCCUACAUCAAGUCAAGCAUGAAUCCAACUGCGACGAUUAAAACGCCAACAACAGUGCUUAACCAGAAGCCAUCGCCCAUGAUGGGAAUCUUCUCUUGUAAAGGUCCCAACCCUGAAGUCCCAGACAUUCUCAAGCCAGACAUAACAGCUCCAGGUGUGGACAUCCUUGCCGCAUGGUCAGAAGCAGCUGAUAAGCCACCUCUCAAGUAUAAGUUCGACAGUGGAACUUCGAUGGCCAGUCCUCACGUUGCCGGAUUAAGCACACUGCUCAAAUCCAUGUACCCGGGUUGGAGUGCGGCAGCAAUCAAGUCUGCGAUCAUGACCACAGCUUACACACAAGACAGCACUGGGAAGCCAAUUCUGGACGGGGACUAUGACAUCGCUACUCCCUUCAACUAUGGAUCCGGACACAUCAACCCGGUUGCAGCAGCAGAUCCAGGGCUUGUUUACGACGCAGGGGAGCAGGACUAUGUUUCUUUCUUGUGCAACAUUGGCUUGUCUGCAAAACAGGUCGAACUUAUAACUGGGAAACCCGAGACAUGUCCUUCCGUCAGAGGCCGAGGCAACAACUUAAACUACCCCUCAGUGACAGUCACCAAUCUGGCAAGAGAAGCAACAGUGACAAGAACUCUCACCAGUGUCAGUGAUUCGCCAAGCACAUAUAGGAUUGGUAUAACUCCACCAAGUGGGAUCAGUGUUACUGCCAAUGCAACGAGCUUGACUUUCAGCAAGAAGGGGGAGCAAAAGACGUUCACGCUCAACUUCGUUGUGAACUAUGAUUUCCUGCCUCGACAGUACGUGUAUGGUGAGUAUGUGUGGUAUGACAACACACACACUGUUCGCAGCCCGAUUGUGGUCAAUGCGGUGAGUCGCCUUGCAAGUGGGGAAGGGAAUCUGGUUUAUGAGGUUUAAAGAGAAGACCUUUACUAAUUAUUUUUAAUUAUCUUUGCUGAGUAUUUGGGAUUGUGAUUUUGUUCUUA